AUGACAUUUGUUCAACUGUUAGAAAAGUUUAAAAAAACUGCUUUGGAAAUUGACGAGGACUACCCCUUAUUUCAGCCCAUUUACAGAGUGACGGCCACAGAUGAGGAUCUGGGUCACGGCGACAGGCUGACGUACACAAUUGAGACUCAGUUAUCUGGGCCAAGGAAGGGAGCGAACUCUUUCGGAGUGGAUGCUAUAAAUGGUGUUGUCAGCCUGGGAGGAGAAGACACUUUGGACUUUGACAGAGGAUACCAUGUAUUCCAGCUUACAUUGAGAGCAACAGACACCGCAGGCCUGUUCUGCCAAGGGAUGAUAAUUAUCAAGAUUAGAAACAUAAACGACGAAAGGCCUCGAUUUGAGUAACCAUGUUUAUUUCAAAGUUGUAACCACAAUCGUUAAAGUAAACUUUUCACAUAAAUUGUGAAUAAAAAUAAUGAAUAUGUAAGCUGUAUAAGAACAUUUUAUGAUGUUCUGUU